AUGUCGCGUUUACAGUUCAGAGGCGGGGCGUGGACGAAUGCGGAGGACCAGGUGCUCAAAGCCGCCCUCGCGCAGUACGGCCUGCGGGACUGGGAGCGGGUGGCGUCGAUGCUGACGAAGAAGACCGCCGCGCAGUGCCGGGAGCGCUGGGAAAGUUACCUCGACCCCCGGCUAAACCUCCACGAGGGCUGGCGCCCGGACGAGGAGGAGGAACUCGUCCAACUUCACGCCCUUUUCCCCGACCAAUGGCGGCUGAUUGCCGAGCAACUGACGGCGGCCACCUCGAGCCACUACCGCCGCCCCGCGUGGCUGUGCGAGCAGAAGUACCUCGAGCUCCGCGAUUUGUUCGAGGUGGAGCGCCAGAAGGCCCACGCGGCCGUCGGGCCCGGCGAAAAGGCAGAAAACGACCCGCCGAACAUCCAAGACUUCAUCGCCGAGCGGCGCCGACGGCGGAUGGGGCAGCGCGCGCACGAGGAGAAGCCCGCGAAGCCCGACACCGUCGACGGGGAGCGCUACGAGGCGGAGAUGUUGACGAUGGCCGUCGCGCGGCUUGCCAACCAGGACCAGAAGAAAGGACUGCGCAAAGAGCGUCAGCGCCAGCUCGCCGAGGCGAGUUUUCUGGCCAAACUCGAAAGCAACCGCGAGGCGAUCGAGUCCGGGACGCUCUCCGCGCGGCAGGAAAAGCGCAUGCGCAAGGCCCUCGAGGAGGAUCGCCCGUCCCAGCACCCCCGGCCCGACCCCGCGGCCCCCUUUGAGCCCAUCGACGUCCUGGAGGACCAGGCGCGCGCCCGGGUCGAGCGGAAGUCCCGCACGUUGUUGGUCGACCUGAGCGCCCAACAACAGCACGCCGCGCGGGCCGAGGCCGGCCGCGAGGCCGACGCGGACAGCGCCAUCACCGGCGUCCAGCACCGCCUUCUCCGCCAGCUCCCGACCCAGACCCCCGCGCGCCUGACCUUCGGCGAAAACGACCGCGCCGGGCCGGCCUCGCGGGCGGAAGUCCCGCAAAAGACGCCACCCCCAACCGCCGCGGUGACGUGGGACUCGCUGGCCGCCCCGGCGGCGGCGGCCCCCCGACUUGACGGACUUCUUCGCGCACCUCGCGCGCCUCGGCGAGGACCCCCCCCCUGA